GUAAGUGAAAACAUUAGCAUCUCGUGUGAUCUCGUGCGGGAGUUAGCCGGUGUUCAUUAAAAUGUCGGAGUGUGCUGCCAGAACAUCUCGGUGCGAUAAAGAAACAAACUGGAUGUUAGAGCAUCCUGUGUAUGAAGCCAUGAGGAGUCUCGGGGCUGAGGACGACGGUCAGCUUCAUGCCGCCUUCCUGGUCUACAUGGAUCUGACUCAGGUGCGACAGUGGAAAGACGUGUCCUGUGUCAAGACUCCUGAGUUGCAGGCAGUGCUGCUGGAGGGGAAGGAGAAGGAAGGUGCGCCCGUCCAGACAGUUCUUCCCCUGCCUGCCCACCGCGCUGUGAGCCACAGAAGUGUGCGAUGCGUGUUGGACAGAGGGCCGCCCGUGCUGCUGUGCGCCGCGGCAUCCGACUCCACCUUGGUCUACCAGAGAAUGACUGAUGGCUUGGUGACACCUGACCCUCCCGCAGGCCCCUUCCAGGAUGUGGGCCGUCGGCAGCAUCGCAAGAGGCGUCAGCAGCACUGAGAGGACGCGUCAGUGAAAAAUCGGUGCAAAACGAGGGAUAGACGUUUGACGAAAGAAAGCUGUACCUCAGAGAAAAACCCAGAAUUCUGGUAACAGAUGCAUAUGAGCCGGAGUCUGUGACUGUGAAGUUCAGACUUUUAUUUUGUCUCCCUAAGAAUGGAUCAGGAUUAGUUUAUUACCUCAGCAAUGGUCAUGUGAUCACCGCUUGUAUCUGCCCAACAGUCGAAGGUCUUGAGAAGUUCUGAAUGUGUGAUGGAGAUUUGGGUUUUAGAUGAAA